AUGCUCCGCACCACCGGCACCGCCGCCGCCGCCCUUCGCUCGUCGGUCCGCGCAACCCAGACCCGCCGUGCCCACGCCAUCUCCAACCCUACCCUCGCAAACAUUGAGAAGAGAUGGGAGGCCAUGCCCCCUCAGGAGCAGGCCGACCUUUGGAUGGCCCUCAGAGACCGCAUGAAGGUUGACUGGACCGAGAUGACCCUGCAAGAGAAGAAGGCCGCAUACUGGAUCGCUUUCGGUCCCCACGGCCCUCGCGCUCAAACUCCUCCCGGUGAGGGCAAGCAGGUCUUCUGGUACACCAUGGGCGGUCUUGCCGUCACUGCUGUUCUCUUCUUCGGUAUCCGCGCCGGUGCCAGAGGCACACCCCACACCAUGAACAAGGAGUACCAGGAGGCCUCCGACGCAUACCUCAAGGAGAACAACGUCGAGCCCAUUACCGGUAUCUCUGCCGAGGACUACAAGGGUGGCUUCAUGGUCCAGUCUCCUCCCAAGGCCAAGGAGUAA